CACUUGCUAAAUUCUAAAUGGUGUUCAACAGCUCCGCUGCUGAAUCACUCGGCUUUCGAUUGCUCACGCCUGAAGCGAACAUGGCAGAUACAGAAGCUCAGUUAUCUAUUCCCGAGUUCAGCACCCCUCUACAAAUGGACCCUUACCUCAAACCGUAUACAAAGGACUUUGAAAGGAGAUAUGGUUUGUUUCAGAAGCAGUUGAUGCUCCUGGAGGAGGCUGAAGGGGGCUUUGAUCAGUUCACACGUAGCUAUAAGACCUUCGGAGCACACCGCCUGCCGGACAACAGCCUCGUCUUUAAAGAGUGGGCUCCAGCUGCUGAGGCUCUGUUCCUCACUGGAGACUUCAAUGGCUGGGAUAAAUUUUCUCACCCAUAUAAAAAGCUAGAGUUUGGGAAAUGGGAGCUGCACAUACCACCCAAGGAGGACAAUUCACCAGCUGUUGCUCACAAUUCCAAGCUAAAGGUGGUGCUUCACACCAAAGAAGGAGAGCGACUGUAUCGAAUUUCACCUUGGGCAUCGUAUGUUACCCAAGCUAGCACAUCAGUUGUGUAUGACUGGGUGUUCUGGGAUUCACCUCAUCCUUAUGUGCAUAAACAUCCCCGACCACGGAAGCCUCGCAGUUUACGGAUAUACGAGUCACACGUUGGCAUCGCAUCCCCAGAGGGCAAAGUGGCAUCCUACAGCAACUUCACACACAAUGUGCUGCCUCAAAUAAAAGACCUUGGUUACAACUGUAUUCAGAUGAUGGCUAUCAUGGAACACGCCUAUUAUGCUAGCUUUGGUUACCAAGUCACAAGUUUCUUCGCAGCAUCUAGCCGGUUCGGCACUCCGGAUGAACUGAAGGAGCUCAUCGAUGUGGCUCACUCUAUGGGCAUCAUGGUGCUUUUAGACGUGGUGCACAGCCAUGCUUCCAAAAACACAGAGGAUGGUCUUAACCAUUUCGAUGGCUCUGAUUCAUGCUUCUUCCACAGUGGACAACGAGGGGAUCAUCCUCUUUGGGACAGCCGACUCUUCAACUACUCUAGCUGGGAGGUGCUGCGUUUUCUCUUGUCAAACCUGCGCUGGUGGAUGGAGGAGUACCGUUUUGAUGGAUUUAGGUUUGAUGGAAUUACCUCCAUGCUCUACCACCAUCAUGGUGUCGGUUCAGGAUUUUCAGGCUCAUAUUCAGAGUAUUUUGGGCUCCAAGUUGAUGAGGACUCACUAGUCUACCUCAUGCUAGCCAACCAUAUUCUACACACCCUGAAUGAAGACUGCAUAACUAUAGCUGAGGAUGUGUCCGGAAUGCCCAUGCUCUGUCGACCUGUUCAGGAGGGAGGCUGUGGCUUUGACUACAGGCUGGCCAUGGCUAUUCCUGACAAGUGGAUCCAGAUCAUAAAAGAAGUCAAGGAUGAAGACUGGAACAUGGGCAACAUUGUGCAUACUCUGACCAACAGGCGCUAUGGGGAGAAAUGCAUCGCGUAUGCUGAGAGCCACGACCAGGCUCUGGUAGGAGACAAGACCCUGGCCUUCUGGCUGAUGGAUAAAGACAUGUACACCAACAUGAGUGCCUUAAUUCCCAUGAACCCUGUCAUUGACCGGGGCAUUCAACUGCAUAAGAUGAUCCGGCUCCUGACGCAUAGCCUGGGAGGGGAGGGCUACCUUAACUUCAUGGGUAAUGAAUUUGGCCAUCCAGAGUGGCUGGAUUUCCCACGUGUUGGGAACAAUGAGAGCUACCACUAUGCACGUCGCCAGUUUAACCUAGUGGACACCGAUCACUUGCGUUACCGUCAAUUAUACAUCUUCGACCGGGACAUGAACCGCACCGAGGACAAGUAUGGCUGGCUUGCUGCAUCACCAGCAUAUAUCAGCACAACACAUGAGAGUAACAAGGUGAUCGUGUUUGAGAGAGCCAAUGUCAUUUUUAUCUUCAACUUCCACCCCGCUAACAGCUACAACAACUACAGAGUGGCAGUGGGACCACCAGGAAAAUACAAAAUCAAGCUGGACACUGAUGCGUCUCAGUAUGGAGGCCAUGGCCGACUGGACCACAGCACAGACUUUUUCACUGAGCCUGUUCCUUAUAAUGACCGUCCAAACUCCAUGCAGGUUUACAUUCCCUGCAGAACAGCUGUUGUUCUAGCCAACGAGGAAAUCGAUUACUGCUACUGAAACACAGUGAUUCACUGAGAGAUUGAUACUCAGCAAAUGUGUCUCUCCACUGGUUUCAAUCUAAGAUUUGUGUUUGAUACACCAUAAGAGCCUUGCACAGUUUUUCACCUUUCCCACUCACAGCACUUUCCAAACAAGGCCUGGUUAAUUUGACCUAUAACAUGUAAUUGGGGAAAAAUGGUAGAUUGUAGUACAAAGAAUGGUUGCUUUUACAGUGUCAUACAUGAAUAGCAUGUUUUUCUGAAACUGUUCAUAAAAGCAGUACAAUCUGGACCUAAUCCGUUGUAACUUUUUGCUAUAGCUAUUCAUCCCUGAAAAGUGUGUGCGCGUGUGCGUGCGUGUGUCUGUCUGUGCGUGUGUGUGGUGGAACUUCACCUUAGGGAUGUGUUCAUAAGAUUACAUGAUGUAACAUUCCCUUCAUGACACCUGACAUAAACCUACAUAAAUGUUUAUAAAAGCUUAUUCCAGUAUCAGCUGUCAGCAUUUGGUGAUUUCGUUUUUGACAAUACAUAAAACUUAAUAUAACAUUUUUUGUUAACAGAAGAUUUGAUUGUAACACUUUUUUAAGGCUGAUUUACUUUGAGAACACAAAUCACUGCACGUCAGAUAAUGAUGCUGACCAUAAACACAGUAAGCUGCACAUACACUGUAACAACUCUACUACUAUAUGAGAGGUACUGUAUGUAUAUUUCUUGCCAUUACAUGAGUUUUAUUUUACUGUUUAUAAGAUUUUGAUGAAUAACCGGUGUGUACACCAUAUGAGGUUACAUUAUGGUUAUUAUAUAUAACAAGUACACUGUGCUAUUAAGUCAGUUAUAAUCAUGUUCUAAUGUAAACCAGCCUAAAUUAUCCCCUCUGUAAUGUCAUUGACAUCAAAGUGAACAAAAUCAGAUAAGACACCUGACACAAUAGGAAUAAGCCUAAGUCUAAGUCUAUUCUGCAGUAGACUGGUGUCCAACGUGUAUUUCCAGGACCAGGAUAAAUAAGUUACUGAAGAUGAAUGAAUGAAAUGUUUUAUGUUGACUUGUGAACACACUUAAGGAAAGUAUUACUGCAUACUUGCAAAUACUUGUAAAAGUAAAUUCUUUCUAUUUGUCAUAACUACAAAAUAAAAUCUCUCAACAUGUGAAUUAAAAUAUAUUUCAUGCCUGAGCUGUUCAAUCUGAGGAAGUGUACACUUUUGGGUAAUUUCCAGGCCUGGUUUGUAAUAUUUUGUAAUUCUGAUAUAUUUAUUUUUGUGUGCUUUGCAAUAUUAUUUUUUCAACCACUUGACUAAUGGAUAGUAAGAAGAUGAUGUGAUGAUUAAUUGAUCUUCGUGGUAAGAACUGAUCUAAAAUGUCUUCAGUAGGACCGAAUAUCUGAAAGCAAUAAAAAAACACUUCAGUGUAUUGACUGAAUAAGAAAAAUUCUAUCAUCUUCUUUGAAUACAUUGCAUUCAUUUCUAUUUUCUUAUACUGUUCCUGAUGUUCUAGGGGAGAUCCUGCAUUAAAUAGAGAAGCUAACAAGGAUUCGGGUUCAUUUGAAUAGUUUGAUUAGGCCUAGGAUAAGGUGUUAUUUAAUAUGUAUAUAUUAAUGUGAUAAUGUUAUAAUGUUAGUUAAGGACCCAUUUACCCAAGUCAACUGUAAAUGAAGUGUUGGCACAAAUUUUCCUUCUGUGUAUUGGUCUUGUCUGUUAAAUAAACCUCACAGUAUUGUAUAAUGGUUAAAUGGGCAGCAGAAUGUCCCAUUAUAAUUUUAGUCUAUUAUGAACUUUCCGUUGCCUGCCUUCCCUCUUCAACAACAGUGUUUUUCAUUAAUGUCAAGUAGCUACUUGAAAAUAAUGCUGGCCUGCUUUUGAAUCCUCUAUAGAGAAAGCAGAAUGAAUCUGUGUGUAAAUACAUUAGGGGUUAUUAUCCUGAAUCUGCUCUGCUGAAUAAAUCAAGAGGCUUUUUCCUUUGCCCUCUGUGUUUAAAGAGACACCUCACUAUCAAAAUCCAACCACACUGUCUUGUGAAACUGUUAUAG